UAUCGUGGUGUCCUUCCAUAUUGGAGCUGCGAUCUCCAAAGCUCUUUGAGGGACCUGUUCCUGGUCUAGAUGGAAGAACCUCAAAAGAGCUCUGGCGGACCAGUCCAAGGGAGGGGCGUUAGUCCCCUCGCCCUAGGGCUGGCGAGGUGCCUCUGUAGGUGUGAAGGUAGCCCCCACUCACCCGCUGCUAGCCCCUGCAGCCGGCGAACUGGUAGGCUGCUUUUGGACAUGGAGGUUCUGCUUUCCCUGUCCUGGCUCAUGGGCCUCUCUAGACCUGCCUUCCUCCUUCCAAAAAUGGUCCUGACCUCUUUUCCGAAGCGACCUCAUCCAUCGCUUCAAUCUCAUGGCAGCACAUUCUAUAAACUAAUUCUUUAUUUGAAGCCUUGAAGUUUUUUGUCUGUGCUGAACCCAUUCCGUGAUGGCUCUGGAACGGUUUAGCGUAGGGCUUCCUAAAUGAUAGGAAAGUUAACUGAAAUGUUAGGAACCACCACCUUUCACAAAGGAGGCAUUUGUGGUUCUCUCCCAUGGUGGUGGUCUUUCCCACGUCCAUCAGAGUCCUUUACAGCAGGGCAGGCAAGUGGUAGCCCUACAGAUGGCCCACAACGUCAUCCUGUCAUCCUUGGCUAUGGACCAGGCUGCUUGGAGUUGGAGUUUGGUCCCAUGUGGAGGGCCAGGGUUCCCCACCCCUGCUCCGAGGAGUCUCCUGUUCCCUGCCUAAAGAGGAUGAGAGAAGUGGUUUGGAAAUUGUCUUGAAUAUUCGCUAUUACUUACGGAAGCCCCUACCAGAAGGUGUGGUGAUAGAUAUUCGCUUAGAUCGCUUGCAAAAAGAUCAAACGACUUUACUAAGAAUCGACGUCGUUCUUAGCUAUGUUAGCUAAAUGUAGAGGGUGUUUGGAACCCCAUAUAUAGGGCAAAUCUCCUGCUGUUUUGAGUUAACAGCAGGACAGGGCUGUUGCCUUCAUGCCCUGGUUGUGGGCUUCUAAGCAUGGUGGAAGCACCUGGUUGAUCAUGGUGGGGCGUGAUAGCCUGGACUGAUCCAUCAGGAUUCUUCUUCUGUUCUUCUCCUAUUAAACCAGGGAUGGGGAGACCUCUGGCCCUACAGGUGUAGUUGGACUUCAUCUUCCAUCAGCCCUGGACAGCAUGGCCAGUGUUCAGGGAUGGUGGGAGUUGACCAGCAGCAUCUGUGGAGAUUCCCCGGCCCUCCGUUACGUUCUCAUGCUAGCUAAAUAGUGCCUGCCUGGAGCAGGCCAGAUGGCUUCUGAAGAUGCGCUACUUUCAGGCAAAUGAGAUGAAAGGGCGGCUGCUGUCACACCUUGCUUGUGAGGUUCCUGGAGGCCUCUGACCAUGGGUUGGAAACAGAAUCCUGGGUUAGGUGUUGUAUAGUGUGAGAGGAAGAUUCACACAUGCAAGGCUCUGCGUGGUGUGUAAUACAUUCCAAAUUGUUCUUUCUAGGUCCCUCAGUUUGAGCAACCAUCCUGUUGCCAAGAUACAGCAAUGUCACAGAGUUCCAAACAGCAAUCCGGAGGGAUCCUGAAUGUUGCUGGUAAAACUCAGCAUGGAAGUUUCUUGGUGGCUAUUAAGCAAGAGAAGGGUGAGACCCCUCGGUUAAUUGGGGAGAAGCCUCACAACGAAGAGGAGGUGAGCCUCCUGCCGGUGAAGAAAAGGGGCUGGCCAAAAGGCAAGAAGAGGAAGAAAAUUCUCCCCAACGGGCCCAAGGCCCCAGUGACGGGCUACGUCCGCUUCCUGAAUGAACGGCGGGAGCAGAUCCGGAUGCAACACCCAGACUUGCCUUUUCCAGAGAUCACAAAGAUGUUGGGCGCAGAGUGGAGUAAACUGCAGCCUCCGGAGAAGCAGCGCUAUCUGGAUGAAGCUGAGCGGGAGAAGCAGCAGUAUAUGAAGGAGCUGAGGGAAUACCAGCAGUCGGAAGCCUAUAAGAUGUGUGCCGAGAAGAUGCAGGAAAAGAAAAUCAAGAAAGAGGAUGUUGGAUCUGGAGCAGUGAACACGCUACUGAAUGGGUACAAGGCCGGGGAGGGCAGCAGUGACGGCUUCUCAACAUUUGACGUCCCCAUAUUUACAGAGGAAUUCUUGGACCAGAAUAAAGCACGGGAAGCCGAGCUCCGGCGACUGCGGAAGGUGAACACAGAGUUUGAGGAGCAGAACGCCAUCUUGCAGAAGCACACAGAGAGCAUGAGUUGUGCCAAGGACCGCUUGGAGCAGGAGCUUAUGCUGGAGGAGAGGCAGACGAUGGCGUUGCAGCAGCAGCUCCAGACAGUGCGCCAAGCCCUCACAGCCAGUUUUGCCAGCCUCCCCAUUCCAGGGACGGGUGAGACUCCCACACUGAGCACCCUGGAUUUUUACAUGGCAAAGCUGCACAGUGCCAUUGAAAGCAACCCUGUGCAGCACGAGAGGCUGGUUAUCCGAGUCAAGGAGAUUCUGUCACACAUUGCCAGUGAGCACUUGUGAGCCGCUGUGGAUCCGCUGGUGCAGCUUGAAAAGGUCUCAGCUGUGAUCUGCUGUGUCACUGGAAGGUUCCUCCUCACGCGGCUGCCUUCAUCUUCCAGAUCUUCUCUCUGUGCUUCUCCUCUUCAAGGAGCCUUCUCCAUUCCUGCAGUUUGUAGGAACAACUCUCUCCUUUUCCUUCUCUGUCCCUUUGCCCUACUCCCCAAAGUUGCCUGGUAGGACAGUAGAUGGUAGAAUACUACAAAACCAAUGUGCUUAUUCUAGGGCUGCUGGAUUCUGGAGAUCUGGGAUGUUGUACUUGAUGGUGGUGGUAGGAAUCCAAUUUUUGCAAGGGAAGGUGAGCAGCUGCCUACAAAUGGCCUGGUGCCGAUGGCUAUCAGCCAUGGUAGCCAAAUAGCCUCAUUGAGGAGAAGCAGUGGACCCUUUGCUACCAGAUGGGUAUCGCUGCCACUGCAUAUGUGGCUAGCCACUGUCAGGAAGUUGCAGUGCCGCCUUCUAAUCAAUUAGAUCAUACUAGAAUAUCAUAAGGAAUAGGGAUGGAGAGAUUAGUCUUUUUUUUUUUUGUCUGUGUCAAUUUAAUCUCUGUUCAUUUAUAAGUCUGUUUUUAAAACUUGCAAUUUUUUUUUUAAAAAAAAUCUGCACAAAAACCUUACUUAGCAUCUGUAUUUUUGAAAGUAUAUCCUCACAAAAUACGUAUUUCUGAACUUACUUAAGUAAGAAUAUAAGAAGAAUCAUACUGGACCAGUAUGAACCAUCUAGUUCAGCGUUCUGUUCACACAGUGGCCAACCAGCUGCUCAUGGGGAACCCACAAGCAGGACGUUAAUCAACAGCACCCUCCUGCCCAUGUUCCCCAGCAACUGGUGCCUCUGAUUCUGGAAGAGAGCACAUAGCCAUCUGGACUAGUAGCUAUUGAUAGCUUUCUGCCCCAGGGAUUUAUCCAACCCUUUAAGCCAUCCGAAUUGGUGGCCAUCAUAGAAUAGCAGAGUUGGAAGGGGCCUACAAGGCCAUCGAGUCCAACCCCCUGCUCAAUGCAGGAAUCCACCCUAAAGCAUCCCUGACAGAGGGUUGUCCAGCUGCCUCUUGAAGGCCUCUAGUGUGGAAGAGCCCACCACCUCCCUAGGCCACUGGUUCCAUUGUCGUACUGCUCUAACAGUCAGGAAGUUUUGCUACAUCUUGUGUAGCAAAUUCCAUAGUUUAACUACGUAAAAAGAAGUUAAACAUAGUUUAACUACGUAAAAAGUACUUCCUUUUAUCUUGAAUCUUCCCAACAAUCAGCUUCAUGGCAUGACCCCGGGGUGGUAGUAUUUUGAGAGAGGGAGAAAAAUACCUCCCUAUCCACAUUCUUCACAUCGUGCACACCUCUAUCCAGUCUCCUCUUACCUUCCUUUUUUUCCAAGCUAAACAAUCCCAGCUGUUGUAAAUGUAUUUUACUCAAAAAUACGCAUUUUUAGAUGUACUUUGGUGGGGGGUUUUGAGCCAAGAACUGUGCCGGAAAAUUGGGAGAAGUGCGAAGUCCAAAGGAUAGAAUCAUAAAUAGCGGAGUUGGAAGGGGCCUACAAGGCCAUCCAGUCCAACCCCCUGCUCAACGAAGGAAUCCAACCUAAAGCAUCCCUGACAGAUGGUUCUCCAGCUGCCUCUUAAUUAUGUUCCAAUCUACACAAUAGUCCAGGAGAUGUGGAUCAAGUUAAUUUGCAUUCAGAAUACAUAAAGAAUUCUUCAAGCAUCCCUAAAAAGCUGCUUUUGAGCAAGUCAUUUCAGUGGUCCAACUAGCUCAGAACUGGCGGCAGAUGUAACAAGCUUGCAGGCCAGAGAAGACUCCUUUUUAACUAGAGACGCCUAGAUUAGACCUGGGACUUGCCUGCAAAGCUCAUUAGACCCUCCUAUUUAUAUAGGAAUCUGUUUUAUAUUGAGUAAGACCAUUGUUCCAUUCAGUUCAGUAUCGUGGGAGUAAUAGUGGCUGUCCGGGGUCCCACACAAUACAACGCAGCCCUGCCAUUUUAAUUGGAGAUGGCAAGAACUGAAGCUGGGAACUUCUGCAUCCAAAAGGCAUGCCUUGCACUGACUCCAAUGCCCACCCUUUUUAAAGGUUAAUUUCCUCUUCCAUAUGUAUGGUUGCCAUCCACAGUUGCACCAUACAUGGCGAAAAAUCUGGCAGUUGGGACGCUGAAUUCAAUGGGCUGGGAAUCCAGGCUUUGUGCUUUUGAAAAAUAAAGUCUCUAGCCCUCAUGACUGCAAUUGGUGGAACCGCCAGAGAGCAGGAAGUGAAGGAGAAGUUUUCAAAGCUUCUUGCCCUUUCUCAUGGAAAGAAGAGAAUUAAGAACAUAAGAAGAGCCAUGCUGGAUCAGACCAAGAGUCCAUCUAGUCCAGCACUCUGUUCAUAGAAUCAUAGAAUAGCAGAGUUGGAAGGGGCCUACAAGGCCAUCAAGUCCAACCCCCUGCUCAAUGCAGGAAUCCAUCUUAAAG